GGCAUCUAAAUAAGAGAUUAGAUUUCUUUCUCUCCUUACCGCUCUCUCUCAAACCCCACACUCGUCUUCUUCACCUUGGAAUCGAACCUCCAUGGCUAGUUUAAGCUUCCAUUGCAGCAGAAUCAGGCAUCCUUCAGUCCAUUCUUUUGAAUUCCCAUUCCACUUCUUUCCAUCUUCAGUCAAAAUCAAGCCACUCAAAACCAACUUCAACAAUUUGCAUUUUCUUUCUUGUUCGGUUUCUGAAACCUCCAUCUCUUCACCCUUGGAAGCUGAAGCUGAAGCUUCUGAUGAAGAAGAAGAAGAAGAGGAAGAUGAUGAUGACCCCACUGUAGAGCUGAGCUAUCUCGACCCGGAAGUUGAUCCUCAGAGCAUUUCUGAGUGGGAAAUGGAUUUCUGCUCAAGACCCAUUCUUGAUAUCAGAGGAAAAAAGCUAUGGGAGCUUGUUGUUUGCGAUGAUUCUCUGUCUUUGCAAUAUACAAAGUAUUUCCCCAAUAAUGUUAUCAAUAGUGUCACUCUUAAGGAAGCCAUAGUGUCCAUCUGUGACGAUUUGGGCGUGCCUUUACCUAACAAAAUUCGCUUCUUUAGAUCACAAAUGCAGACUAUUAUCACUAGAGCUUGCAAUGAGCUUGGCGUAACACCUAUUCCCAGCAAGCGGUGCUUGUCAUUGGUUCUUUGGCUUGAAGAACGCUAUGAAACGGUUUAUACUCGCCACCCUGGUUUCAACAAAGGAUCUAAACGACUGCUUGCUCUUGAUAAUCCAUUUCCAAUGGAGCUUCCAGAGAAUUUAUAUGGAGAAAAAUGGGCUUUUGUCCAGUUGCCUUUCUCAGCUGUUCAGGAAGAGGUUUCAUCUCUGCAGACAAGGUUCAUGUUUGGUGCAAGUUUAGAUUUGGACCUUUUGGGGAUUGAAAUUGGAGAAAAGACGUUAAUUCCUGGUCUUGCUGUUGCUUCUUCACGUGCACAGCCAUUAGCCGCUUGGAUGAAUGGCUUAGAGGUGUGUUCAAUUGAAGCUGAUAUUGAAAGGGCAUGCUUGAUUUUAUCUGUUGGAAUUUCGACUCGAUACAUUUAUGCAACCUACAAGAAAACCCCUGUAACUACAAGUGAAGCUGAAGCCUGGGAAGCUGCAAAGAAGGCCAGUGGAGGUUUGCAUUUCCUUGCUAUUCAAGAUGAUCUAGAUUCAGAUGACUGUGUUGGAUUCUGGCUCCUUUUAGACUUCCCACCUCCUCCUGUAUAGAUAUAUCAUGCCAGAUUUGAGUAUUCACUUACAUUCAAACUUUUUUGAUUCUGCAUUUGAUGAUGUAAAGAACUGCAAGUUACAAUCAUGUUGAGCUUAGUGGGAAUUAAAUGAAGUUUUUGUAAAUA